AUGGAAGCAAUGUUUCUCUCAAUCAAACGAGUCCGACUGGAACAGCUCCACAUUAGCAGGAGGCUCGGAUCUGUUGAACAAACUGAUGUUGUCAAGACCAAGGAAACCUCCUUCGAAAAUACCAUUUCCGUCAGGAUCUUUUCUAUUCACCCACCAUGUAAAGUUGAUCACAAACUUCAGGAACACACGCUCCAAAAAUUGCCGGUCUUGAGUACCAUACAUCUUUUUCUCGAUCUUGUAGAUCCUGUAGGCGGCCCAGGCCUGAACAGGCGGGUUGGAAUCGGAAAAGUUCCACUCAUACGCAGGGAUCUGGCCUUGAGGAGACAUGUACCACUCUCUGGUCAAGAGAUCCAACUGCUUUUUGGCGUAAUUUGGGUCAAUCAUGGCGAACGGAAUAGUAUGGAACGCAGUGUCCCAAGAACAGUAGAACGGAUACUCAAAGUCGUCCGGCAUCGACAAAAUGUCUUCGUUGUAAAGAUGCUUCCAUUCCUUGUUUCUGCCAUUGGCUCUACCAAUGACAGGAGCAAUGUCCGAGUUGGGAUCACCUCUAGACCAGAAGUCGUGAAUAAAGUGGUAGAAUUGCUUAUUCCACAGCAAGCCACUGAACGCCUGUCUCUGGACAUUACGCAAUUCUUGAGGCAAUGGCAAAGGAGAAACAUUCCAGUAGAACUCUUCUGCCUCUACAAUUCUGUCAUCAAAAACAGAAUCGAACUCCUCCUCAUCUAUUUCAAUUUCUGGGCUCUUGGUGAGUUUGUAACGAACAGUCACAGACUCUCCCGGUGGGAUUCCUCCAUUUUCGUCAAAGACAAACCAUGCACAUGCCUUGGUACCCUUAUUCUCUGGGCUGACCGCUUCCUGAACCUCAUCGAUAAUGUAGUCGUGGAAACCGUCUUUAGUGUACUUUGUUUUGUUCUCCACACCGUAGAGCCGUUUGAAGUUGGUUUCGUUAUCGCAGAAAAGCAAUUUGGGCUCCACGUCGGCAGCAUCAUCAGUCACACCAGGAGCCGGGGCGAAAACCAGCCGACGGCCACCCAGUUUGAAAUGAUCAACCUUGAUAGAAUACUCGGAAUCUGGAUACUCUUUGGACAAUUCUGGCUUCUCAUGAGCCUCGCCAUCGCCCCACGCCCACGUGUUACGGAAGUAAAUCUGAGGCAUGAUAUGCAACGGAGCAGGAGCCUGGGAUCUGUUCAGAACGGUGAUUCUGAAAUAUAA